UUUACUCUCUCUCUACUUCUUCGAUUUUGCUCCGAUCGUUUUGUUUUCCCGGUCAUCUGUUUGCUUUGGCGGUGAAAAUUUUGGUUAGGGUAACGAAUUUGGGGCCUUUGCGAUUUUGUGUGCUUGCAUCGAAAAUCCGUCUCGGAUUUGAUAGUGUAUUGGAUUUUGUUUUUUUUUUUUGGCAAUUGAUAAUUUUAAUUGUGUGAAAGGCAGUAUUGAUAGGGUUUAGGGUUUAGGGUUGAAUUGCUAUCAUUUGCUUCACAUUUGAAACUUAACAUCUGGAUUGUGUGAUGGGGAAAUCAUCUUUGCCUCCUGGCUUUCGGUUUAAUCCCACUGAUGUUGAGCUGGUACAAUAUUAUUUGAAGAGGAAGGUAAUGGGGAAAAGACUCCAUGUUCAAGUUAUUGCUGAGGUGGAUAUUUACAAGUCGGCUCCUUGGGAUCUUCCGGACAAAUCUUGUUGGAGAAGUGGAGAUUUGAAAUGGUACUUCUUUUCUCCUAGAGAGAAAAAAUAUGCACGCGGAGCUAGAAUGAAUCGUGCCACCGACUGUGGGUACUGGAAGACCUCGGGAAAGGAUAGGUCUGUUGUUUACGAUAGUGAAGUUGUCGGGUGGAUAAAAACAUUAAUUUUUCACACAGGUCGAGCUCCACGAGGAGAACGGACUAAUUGGGUUUUACAUGAGUAUAGGCUUGAAGACAAGAACCUGGUUGAUUUGGGUGUGCCUCAGGAUUCUUAUGUGCUCUGUAUGGUUUUCCAAAAGGAUGGGAUAGGACCGAGAAGUAAUAAACAAUAUGGUGCACCCUUCAAAGAGGAAGACUGGACUGAUGAUGAGGUUGAAACUGAUGUAGUUCCAUAUGUAAACAUGUCUGAGCCAAACCUUGUUCAUGCAAACAUGCAUGAGCCAGAGCCAGACCCUGAUCAAGUACUUGUUAAUUCAAACAUCACUGAGCCCGAUCUUGUUUAUGGAAAUUUGCCCGACCCAUACCUUGUUCAUCCAAACAUGCCUCAAUCAGACCUUGGUUGUGCAAACAUGCCUGAGCCAUACCUGGUCUUGCCCAGCAACUAUAAUAGUUCUAUUGCUACUCGAACCAAUUCCCAUGAGUCUUGCGUUUCUGAUAUCUUGCCACCUUCUAGCAAUGUUCUCCAGUCUGUUUCCAGUAAUUAUGUUACAACAGAGAAACCUCAUGUUUCAACCGAUGAUGAUAUCAUGUCGAUGCUUAAUUGCUUUACAGAAGAAGGAACUUUCUCCAUGGGUGACAUUGACAAAAAUGAGGAGCUUGAUAAUUUCAUUUAUUCGGGAGAUGCUAAUCCUAUAGCUGAUCUUGAAAUAUGUGAUACUUAUGAAGAUCUGGGAGGUUUUAGCAAAGAUGGAUAUAAUAUCCCCAAUGGAGCUAAUUCUGGAGCUCCAGGUGAGAAUGAGCCAUAUCUGGAGCUAGUUGAUCUUGACAAACCUUUGAAUGACAAUAAUUCUCUGUUUCCAAUGAUUAGUCCACCUCGUUCUUUUCUUGGAGAAACACCUUAUGAAGACUUGUUCUUUUCAUGGAGAGAUGACUUGUGAAGACUGGAUGUGUUAAAUAAUGUGAACUUCUGAAAAUAUCAUUGCUUCAACAUCAAGUUCUGACCUUGAUGUUGAAUUGAAUGAAACUGUUGAUUUUGGAGUAUGAGGCGUAGCUAUUGAUUUUGAAUUGAAUGAAACUGUUGAUUUUCAAUCUGCUGCUGUUCUUUUAAUUGUGUAUUUUGAUCAUGAAAUACAUAUGUAUGCAAACUAUAGAAUUAAGGUUAGUGCUUUUGCAGCUUUGCUUUGUGUAUUGUAUUUGAAGUAUCUAUUGUUACAUGUCACGGAUUCUUCAUAAUGUUGUUAGCUGAAGUCCAAACUGAAGGGUUUUAAUUGGUUGUCAAAUUUUGUAGGGCUAACUUCCCAGCUUGGAUGGUUUAAGUUAUUGGUUCUUAUUUGUUUCGACUUUGAUUUCCCAGUUUAGUUUAAAGAUUUAGAAUUGAAGAUCGAAAGUUUUGAAUUUGAUGAGAAGAAUUAGUUUCUAAACAAUGCCCAUUAGCAGCAAUCAAUUGGUGUUAUUUGAAGUUCUUUUUUUUAUGCACUGUGUUAAUUGCUGUCUAUCUUCACUGUGUGAUGGUCAGAUAGAGCUAGGAUUGAGUCAUAAGGCAGUUCUUCUUUUAUUGCUGUUAAUGCUUGAUUUGAGAUCAAAUAUUCAACUACCUGGGGUGUAGUACAUGAACUCUUGUUUUUCCUGGGUGUCUGUGUUUCUAAGCUUUUCGGAUUCAUUUUCAGAGAGUAUCAGACAAAAUUUAGUCAAUGAGAGUGUGUGUGUAUUUUGCUUUGAGGUUUAUCACCGGCAGAUUUGCAGUUCUUGCUGUUAGGGUUGGGGCUUUUCAGAAGUUACCAUCCACGCUUACAUUGAGGAAACUUAUAUGGAUUC